GGAGUCGAUUAAAGACAUUACAUUACUCAUUAGUUUAGUGAGAUAGAAAGUUUGAGAGCGUAAACACAAAGUCGACAUAUCAAGCAACUGCCUUCGAACUCUCGUCUUCUUGCAGAUUCACCGGCGACUUGUUGAUUCUCGAUCCAAACAGGUUUCUUGAAUUAAAGGUUUCUGAUUUUUUUAUCAUCAAUCAGACAUGUUUACUCGUGUAUUUGGGAAGCCUAAGCCAGAAGCUAAUGCUGUUGCUACUUUGGAUAAGUUAACUGAGACGCUUGAAAUGCUGGAGAAGAAAGAGAAAGUUCUUUUGAAAAAGGCUACAGCUGAGAUUGAAAAGGCCAAGGAGUUCACUCGAGCCAAGAAUAAACGGGCGGCAAUUCAAUGUUUAAAAAGAAAGAGGCUUUAUGAGCAGCAAGUUGAGCAACUUGGGAAUUUUCAGUUACGCAUUCAUGAUCAGAUGAUAAUGCUGGAAGGUGCAAAAGCUACAACAGAGACUGUCGAUGCUUUAAGAAGUGGAGCAGCGGCAAUGAAGGCAAUGCAGAAGGCCACAAAUAUUGAUGACGUGGACAAGACGAUGGAUGAGAUUAAUGAGCAGACGGAGGCAAUGAAGCAAAUUCAAGAAGCACUGUCCACACCAAUCGGCGCGGCGGCCGAUUUUGAUGAAGAUGAGUUGGAGGCAGAACUUGAAGAACUUGAAGGAGCUGAGCUGGAAGAACAGCUUCUCCAGCCUGCUACAACUGCCCCAGCUGCUUCAGUCAGUGUUCCUGCCGGCAGGCAACAAUCACGUCCAGCUCCUCAAAAGAAUACAGCCGAAGAAGAUGAACUUGCUGCGCUGCAGGCAGAAAUGGCAUUAUAGAAUUGUUCUAGAUGUCGAGAAGAGGCUGUCUUAAAAACUACUUUUGGCAUGCACUUGGAGGUUAGUGUUGGGCGACCUCAACCGACAAUUCCAACUAAUUCCUUGAACAUGUAUUUUGCUGAUAAGACAACAAUGUAUAGAAGUCAGAAGACAUCAAGAAUAGAGGAUCCAUUCUGAAUGAGGUUUAUAUCAGUGUGCCAGCUUCAUUCUUAUUAAGGUUUAAGAUUGUGGUGAAUAAUGCUGUAGUAGAUAUUUGGAAUAUAAAGGUGGGCAGUUGCUUCUGGGAUUUCGAAACAACUCCUUUUGAUUUUUUA